AUGUCACCGUCAGCAACCGCAGCACCGCCCAGAGAUACUGUCUCCUCCUCCAUCGUACACGACGAGUACGCCGUCCAGAACCCGGCGUCCGGCAACUUCAAUGGCUACGACCACAUAACCUGGUGGGUUGGCAACGCCAAGCAGGCGGCCUCCUACUACAACAGCAUCUUUGGCAUGAAGACGGUCGCCUACAAGGGCCUCGAGACGGGCAGCAGGUACUUUGCCUCGUACGUCGUCGCCGCCUCGGACGUCCGCUUCGUCUUCACCUCGCCCAUCCGCUCCGCGGCCCACCUGCCGGCCGACGAGCCCAUCUCGGACGAGGACCGCGCCCUCCUCAGGGAGAUCCACGCCCACCUCGAGAGGCACGGCGACGCCGUCAAGGACGUCUGCUUCGAGGUCGACUCGGUCGAGGGCGUCUACAGCCGGGCCGUCGCCAACGGCGCCGAGGGCGUGCAGGCCCCGCGCGUCCUGCACGACAAGCAGCACGGCAGCGUCACCACGGCCGUCGUCCGCACCUACGGCGACACCACCCACACCCUCAUCUCCCGCGGCGACUACACGGGCCCCUUCCUCCCCGGCUACCGGGCGCAGUCGGCGCCGCCCUCGUCGGUGGCCCUGCCCGCCGUCGAGCUCGGCUGCAUCGACCACUGCGUCGGCAACCAGGACUGGGACGACAUGACGGCCGCCUGCGCCUUCUACGAGCAGUGCCUCUCCUUCCACCGCUUCUGGUCCGUCGACGACUCGCAGAUCUGCACCGAGUUCAGCGCCCUGCGCUCCAUCGUCAUGGCCAGCGAGAACGAGGUCGUCAAGAUGCCCAUCAACGAGCCCGCGCCCGGCAAGAAGCGCAGCCAGAUCGAGGAGUACGUCAUCUUCAACUCGGGCGCGGGCGUGCAGCACAUCGCGCUGCUGACGCCCGACAUCAUCUCGACGGUGACGGCCCUGCGCGCCCGCGGCGUGCAGUUCAUCGACGUGCCCGAGACCUACUACACCACCAUGCGCGAGCGCCUGCGCACCGAGAAGCGCAGCUGGGACCUCAAGGAGGACCUCGACACCAUCCAGCGCCUCAACAUCCUCAUCGACUACGACGAGGGCGGCUACCUCCUACAGCUCUUCACCAAGCCGCUCAUGGACCGCCCGACCGUCUUUAUCGAGAUCAUCCAGCGCAACGAGUUCGACGGCUUCGGCGCCGGCAACUUCAAGUCUCUGUUCGAGGCCAUUGAGCGCGAGCAGGCCGAGAGAGGGAACCUGUAA